GUCACUCCUGUUCAAGUUUUCUUUCCGGUGUUUGCUGUACUGGCUGUGCCUGCUGUUCGGCUUUCAAAAUGAAUUCGUUCACAUCACGAUUAAAUUCCCUGUUUGCUUUCACACUAAGUGUGAUGGCAGCAUUAACUUUUGGAUGCUUUCUUACUACAGUUUUCAAUGAUAACUUGAGACCUGUCGAACUGAGUGUUGGAAAAGUGUCUGUGAAAAACGUCCCUGACUACUCAGCUGACAGAGACAAGAGUGAUCUUGGGUUCAUCACCUUUGACUUGUUCACUGAUCUGAGCCCGAUCUUCAACUGGAAUGUGAAGCAGUUGUUCCUGUACCUCACUGCUGAAUAUGAGACCAAAGAUCACACUCUGAACCAGGUGGUCUUGUGGGAUAAGAUCAUCGAGAGGGGAGACAACACCAUCCUGGACCUGAGGAAGGCCAACACCAAGUACUACUUCUGGGACUAUGGCAAUGGGCUCAAAGGGAACCAGAAUGUUACGUUGACACUCUCUUGGAAUGUGAUUCCAAACGCCGGCACCCUGCCCAAAGUUCGAGGCUUCGGCAGCCACAAAAUUGUCUUCCCAGAACAGUAUACUGCCGGCAGGUUUUAGCGACUCAGUUCCUGUGUUGACGUUUUAAAAAUUCAUUUACCAUACCGUCUUGUUUUAGUUUAAUUGUUGUAUUUUCUUCUUUUCAACCGUUGUCAUGGUUCAGGUGUUUUAUUCCUUUUUCUGAAUGAAAUCAAAUUUCUUAAAUUUAUUUGUUUUUAUGUUUCAGUUUUCGAGAUUGUCGUUUUGAGAUGAAUGUUUCGAGUGUUUGUGAUGUUCAAGUAUGAAUGCGACGCAGAAAGUCUUGGUGAUGGUUGUUAAGUUGUUGUAAUUUUAUUAAUGUGUAAUUGAUUUUAAAAAGAUGUUUUUCUUGAUUCCAGUAACCACCUGGAAAGUUAGAAUAUAAUGCUAUUAUUGUUAUUAAAUCUUUUUAUGGGACAUCAUCAUUUUAUAGACUUCUUUCUCGUUUGUUUUCUGGUAUGGUACUUUUGUGUGUUGUAAAACAUGACUUUAUAGAGAAUUGUCUGAGUCUGAGUGUCGCUUUGAUUGAUUGAAUGAUGAGUGCAGGCCGCCAGAUCGCGUUUAUGUCAGGGGCAGUAUGUGAAGCUCCGUGAGAAAUGGCAUAAAUUGCUUGUUGUUUGAGUUUGAGUGGUUGAGGUUGUGUUUCUUACAAGACUUGAAAGAAAUGGAUUUUGGGCAUUUCUUCACCAUGAUGUUUGUCAAAUUUGUUUUUGAUGGAAUGAGAAUUUUUUUUCUAAAAAUUGAAAGCUUCGUGGCAGUGUUUGCUAGUUUUAAAGACUUGUUUGUUUCAUUUAUGAUAUCAUUAUUUGAGAUGUUGGGUCUUUUUCUUUUGUUGUGGUAACUGAAAGCUUGAAGUAAGAAGCAGGUGAGUUACCAGAUUUGUUGUUCACAAUUUGUCUGUUGUAAGAUUUACAAUGUGCCCUUAAAAAAAAAAAAAGAUUUGAUGUGAAUGUGAGACAUUCAGUAUAGGCUGUUCUGUAUUUGUUUUUUAAAAAUUUGUUUAAAAUAAAAAUGUAAAUGUUAUAAUUUAUUGCCUUGAAGUUUGUCCAGGGGGAAAAAGAAUGUUGAUUUACUGGUCUGGGUGUGGUUGUGGGGUUGCGGAGACUGACGAUGCUAUGAAAUUCUUGAUAACCAACUUAUUUUUGUCGCAGAAAUAAAACUUUGCAAGGUCAUUAUGUCUACAUGUUCAAGUAUGCUCCGUAGUUUGUCUUUAUUUGUCAUCUACUUUUAUUUUUUCCUUUUUCUAUAUUUACGGCAGUAAUAAGACCUAUUUGUGUUGCAAGUACUGUAAAACUUUUACUAAAGAUUUAAAAAGCUACACAUAUUUCCUUAAUGUAUAUGUAAUUACAAACACUGUCAAUGAGUUGGUCAAUGGAAAUAAAGUACUUGAACCACAUAGCAAUUUAUCUCUAUCACCUCACAGUUUUGUCAGGUGUUUGGAAGGUGCUGUAGAUCGCUCUCUACCUCUCUCUCUCCCACCUGUCUGUGCACUCUCUUCUGCUAGCUCUCACCCUGUCCCAACAUAGCUUUAACUGGGUUAGGUGAGGGCUGUAGUUACACUCUAGCACGUACAGAGCGAACACGCACAUAGUGAACAGAUUUUCAGGUCUUGAUUUUUUUUCUCAUGCCUCUAUGGUCACUUUUAAGGACAAGCGGGCUAACCCAAACUUCUGGGGUUUCCUGAAAUCUUGACCUACUCUAAAAGGGGGCAUUGCCCUACCUAUAGGAAAAGUUUGGUUUCAUUGGUGUGUAUAUAUAUUUGUUUGGUUAUAGAGAAAACUCUCCUUGUAUUUUACUUUUAAAGAAACUGAACAAGAAUCCAAAAAUUUAACUUUGAUUUUCUCAAAACAGCAUUUUUCGGGAGCCUCCUUGUGCUUAAAAGUAAAAGCGAUCGUAUGUCUAUUUUUUUUGUAUUUGAAACGCGUAUGUAAUGAAAUUCGUGCAUUAUGAAAAAUUUCGACUUCCCACUGAUUUCGCUAUGUGCGUGCUGAACUAUUAUGCUAAUUUCCAAGUAAAUUAUGAAAUGACUGUUUUGGACAUUUCAGAGCCGGGAAUCCCAUUUCGACCCUGAUCACAUUCAGUGUGGUGCUCUGAGGAAGAAGAAGUAGAGAUUCUGCUCCCUGCUCAAUAGCCUUAUCUUUGACAAGCUUUGUUGAGUUUUACUUUUAUCCAGUCUAGUCACAAGUUAUCUGCCCAAGAGAGCUUUUACUUUUAUAGUUUAACUCUGGUCUCUGAGUGAGAGGUGGAAGUUGAGCAUUUGUUCCGGAGUUUGCGUGGAUGUGUGUACGUGAUGUCAAGACCAACUCUCUCAUCUCUCUGACGUUUCCUACGCAGCAGUUACUCUGUGCCUGCUCGUCUUUUCCUUGUAGUUUUUGAUAGUAUUAAGGACAGCAUCAGUAAUAAUAAACUCCUUGAAAUCAUUUA